ACCCUAAUCCCACGCUGUCUACGGAUAAAGUUAGAAAGUCACUUCCUAGGGUUUGAGAAGAAAAGAUUGCGCCGACUUUUCAAUUGUUCCAUUUUCUCUCAUCCCAAAGUUGAAAACCCAGCCUUUGAAAAUGGCGGAACCUUCAGCAAAAAUCCUUAGACAAACCCUAGAAGAAACCCUAAAUGGAGAAGCUGAUAACAUUGAUAGACUCAGUGCACUUCCCGAAUCUGUUCUUCUCUCCAUUCUCUCACGCUUGGAACUCAAAGAAGCUGCAGCCACCUCAGUUUUAUCCACAGCCUGGAGAGACCUUUUCUUACAACUUCGCCAUAUUCAGUUAACUUUCAAUGGAAAUGGCCAUCCUAGACUCUUUCACCUCUUCACACUCUUUGUUAAUAGAAUGCUUCGAGAGAGAAACCCAAAAGUACCCAUCAGAGUUAUCAGGCUAACUGUGAGGAAUUUCACUGAAAUGAUGAAACCAGAUUAUAAAUCAUUGAUGAUGUCCACAGGUGCUGCAAUGUCCGCUUGCAACGUGAAAACCAUUGAUUACACUAUUGGUAACUGUAGUGUAACUACUGAGGCAUCUUCAAUUCCUCUUCCACCUGCAAUGUUUAUAUCAGAGACUCUAAGUGGUUUGCGUCUACUUCUUCCUGAGGGGUGGAAUCUACCAGAAAAAGUUUGGUUGCCGAAGCUAAGGUAUGUUCACUUCAUUCCUUUUAGAUUGGUGGAUGAGAAUUGUGUUCAGAGGUUUCUCGAUGGGUGCCCUAGGCUAGAAAAUAUGAUGCUUGUGAUUAAGGAUGAGAUCAAGGUCAAAACUCUUUGCAUGUCAAGUUCCAUCAUGAAAUUUGUGAUUCUUGGUUGGGAUCUGAUAGAUGAAUCAGAGACUAGUAUUACUGUGAAGUCUGAAAGCCUUCUUAGGUUGACAUUAUCUCUCAAGGGAGCUCACAAAGUGAAUUUGGAUGCACCAAAUCUGAAGUUCUUCUCCAUUAAGGGUCAAGCGGUUGAAUUGAACAUGAUUCAAAGUGUUCCUUCAAUUGAAGAGGCAGUCAUAGCUGCUGAUUGUAUGUUUCAGUUCUCAGAUUGGACUGUCUUUUAUUCACGUUGUGACAAAGUUUGUACCUUUUUUGGAGAGUUGCAAAACCUGACACUACUCCACAUAUCAGAACCCAUCAUGAAGGCUCUAUAUAUUUCUAGACCGGUGAUGCCCACUUUCAGAAACAUGUAUAAGAUAAAGCUUGUCCCUGAUUAUUCUAAUGAAGAAUUUACCCGUUACUGGGUUGCAAAUGUGUUAUUCAACUUGUUUCAAAGAUGUCCAAACCUUAAAGUGCUUUCCUUUGAGAAGGUGUUCGACAACUACUUUGGUGAUGUUGAUCUUGAAUCUGUGUUCCCUAUUAGCAUGGUUCAAAAUCUGAAGGAAUUAGAAAUUUUUGACUUCAAAGGUCGAGAAAUAGAAUACAAGCUGGUAGAAUUUUUCAUGAACAACGGAUCAUCUUUAGUGAUUGUUUCUCUGAGAAAAGAUGUUUUGACGCCAAAGACUUAUACUUGGACGCGAAGACAGCAAAAGAGAAUUCUCUCCUUUUUGACAUGCUCAGAAGAAUGUAAGGUUUUAUUCAGAUAGAAGUUGGAUUUUAUGAAAUCCCCAUGGCAACAAGUCUAUCUCUUUAAGAGUAUGUUAAUUUGGCUAUUAGAUCAACGUUUAAUUUAGUUGCAGAUUUAGAACAAUGAUGUUUUCUGUUGUAUUUCGAUUUUCUUGUUGAAGACUUAGAUUAAUUGUUGUACCAACCUUAAAUAGACCUAAAUUUUUAUUCACGCCUACUAUUUGUAUCUUUGGUUGAAAUGAUAGUGCUUUCCCUUGGGGUUGGUUGA